AUAUAAGUUACAGAGGAUUGCUUCUCUCGCCGUUCUUUCUCUGUUUUCCGAUCUUCCCACAGGAAGCAAAUUUGUUUGAGGAAGUGUCAAAAUGAGUAAGCUUCAGAGUGAAGCGGUGAGAGAGGCGAUAUCCGCCAUUAUUACUCAUUGUAAGGAGACAAAGCCACGCAAGUUCACUGAGACCAUUGAACUCCAGAUUGGUCUUAAGAACUAUGACCCUCAAAAGGACAAGAGGUUUAGCGGUUCCGUUAAGUUGCCUCACAUUCCUAGGCCUAAGAUGAAGAUUUGCAUGCUCGGAGACGCUCAGCAUGUCGAAGAGGCUGAGAAGAUUGGGUUGGACUCUAUGGAUGUUGAAGCUCUUAAGAAGCUGAACAAGAACAAGAAACUUGUUAAGAAGCUUGCUAAGAAGUACCAUGCUUUCCUUGCUUCCGAAUCUGUCAUUAAGCAGAUUCCUCGUCUUCUUGGUCCUGGUCUCAACAAGGCAGGAAAGUUCCCAACUCUUGUUAGCCACCAAGAGUCUUUGGAAGCCAAAGUGAAUGAGACAAAGGCAACAGUGAAGUUCCAGCUCAAGAAGGUUCUCUGUAUGGGAGUCGCUGUCGGGAAUCUCUCCAUGGAAGAGAAGCAGAUCUUUCAGAAUGUUCAGAUGAGUGUUAACUUCCUUGUUUCACUCUUGAAGAAAAACUGGCAAAAUGUGAGGUGCUUGUACUUGAAGAGUACCAUGAGUCCACCAAACAGGGUUUUCUAAGUUUUUUUUAUUACAAAGUUUCUCUUAAGGUAUCAUCAUCACACUUUGAGGAAAUUUGAUUUUCUUUUUCUGUCAUGAGCCUUAUUCAUCUUGGGUUAAAAUUUCAGAAUCCUUACUUGGUAGGAUCAAGAUUUUGUUUAAAGACAAUUUUGCUUUUAUUGUUGAUUACUAUUAUCAUUAGUGGAUUCCCAAGUUUUCAAGUUU